AUGUCUCGCCUGUCUAAACCUCUGACCGCCGCCCGUCUCAAUGAUGCGAUCCUGGGGAGCUUCUCCAACAUUCGCCCAUCCGAAACGCUCGAUCAUAUCGUUCGAUACCUUGGGACUUGGAGCGGUAGCGACAAACUCUUUAUGGUCAUCCAAUAUGCUAUCAAGCUAAUCGUUCCCUUCCUUCACCUUCGCGCACGCCUGCAGCAUCGCGCUGGAUUCCGUGAAUCCCCGACAAGCCGUGCUGCUGAGAGCUACGCAAAAUUCGGAAGUCUUGUUGGUGACUCGCGGACGCUAUGGAGGAUAUGGGGCCUUUUGCCCAUCUUCCAAUGGUUGGUAUCCUUGGAGCGCAACCCACCCGCCACUCGAAGGCUCCUUACCAUCGAACGUCUCCAAGGGUGGUCUAUGCUUGCAUACUAUCCGCUGGAGCAUCUUUACUAUCUUGGAUCCCAUGGAUUGAUCCUCUCAACCAUCACUUCUCCUCUGUCCAUCUUCUCCGCCAAGAAGAAGAAGAUAUCCCUCGACCCCAACACGUUGGGGAUCUGGUCUUGCCGAUGCUGGGCCGUCUACGUAGUCCUCCAUUUCGCCCAUCUAAUCGAAGACAGGAAGCUGUUGAAGCAGAGACACAGUUCUCUCCGUAAGGCGAAGGGCACCGGUCUUACGAAAGAAGAGAAGGCCGAAAUGCAACAGCGUUGGGAUGCAUUCUGGUCUGAGGUGAUCAUCAACCUUGGUUAUCUGCCGUUAACUAUCCACUGGUCACUUGAGAAAGGGUUGUUCAAGAAUGAUCUUUGGGUUGGCGCUUUUGGGCUUAUCGCUGCUGUGACUUCAUUCCGAACGGGCUGGAGGGCCACUGCUCUCCCCCCUCCCACCGAAAAGAAAGAAGAAACGGUAGAAGCAUCAUCUACCUCGGUCUCGGGAUACGAUGUGUCUUCCUAG